GGGCCAGGCUGGGCUAUGCUGUUGCCCGCAACGGGUGCCAGCAGGUCUGCCGCCAUCAUGUCAGACACGGACAGCGAUGAAGAUUCCUCUGGAGGAGGCCCAUUUUCUCUAACCGGGUUCCUGUUCGGCAACAUCAAUGGAGCAGGGCAGCUGGAGGGCGAAAGCGUCUUGGAUGAUGAGUGUAAGAAGCAUCUUGCAGGCUUGGGGGCUUUGGGACUGGGCAGCCUGAUCACUGAGCUCACGGCAAAUGAAGAAUUGGCUGGGACUGAUGGUGCCUUGGUAAAUGAUGAAGGAUGGAUUAGGAGUAGAGAAGAUGCUGUGGACUAUUCAGACAUCAAUGAGGUGGCAGAAGAUGAAAGCAGAAGAUAUCAGCAGACAAUGGGGAGCUUGCAACCUCUUUGUCACUCAGCAGAUUAUGAUGAAGAUGACUAUGAUGCUGAUUGUGAAGAUAUUGAUUGCAAGUUGAUGCCUCCCCCACCUCCACCGCCUGGACCAGUGAAGAAAGAGAAAGAUCAAGAUGGUCUUACUGGUGAGAAAGUGGACUUCAGUAGUUCCUCUGACUCAGAAUCUGAGAUGGGACCACAGGAAGCAGCACAGGCAGAAUCUAAGGAUGGAAAGCUGACUCUACCAUUGGCUGGGAUUAUGCAGCAUGAUGCCACCAAGCUGUUGCCAAGUGUCACAGAACUUUUUCCAGAAUUUAGGCCUGGAAAGGUGUUACGCUUUUUACGUCUUUUUGGACCAGGGAAGAAUGUCCCAUCUGUUUGGAGGAGUGCUCGGAGAAAGAGGAAAAAGAAGCACCGUGAGCCUAUUCAGGAAGAGCAGAUCCAGGAGGAAGAGUGCUCAGUAGAAUUGGAAGUCAACCAGAAAUCUCUGUGGAACUAUGACUAUGCUCCACCUCCACCUCCAGAGCAAUGUCUCUCUGAUGAUGAAAUCACAAUGAUGGCUCCUGUGGAGUCUAAGUUUUCCCAGUCAACUGGAGAUACAGAUAAAGUAAUGGAUACUAAACCAAGAGUGGCAGAAUGGCGUUAUGGACCUGCUCGGCUGUGGUAUGAUAUGCUAGGUGUCCCUGAAGAUGGCAGUGGGUUUGACUACGGCUUCAAAAUGAGGAAGACUGAACAUGAACCUGCAAUAAAAUGCAAAAUGAUGACGAAAUUAAGGAAACUUGAAGAAAGUAAUGGCAUUGAUCUUCUGGCAGAUGAAAACUUCCUAAUGGUGACACAACUGCAUUGGGAAGAUGAUAUCAUCUGGGAUGGGGAGGAUGUCAAGCACAAAGGAACAAAACCUCAGCGUGCAAGUUUGGCGGGCUGGCUUCCUUCCAGUAUGACUAGGAAUGCCAUGGCCUACAAUGUUCAGCAAGGUUUUGCAGCCACACUAGAUGAUGAUAAACCCUGGUAUUCCAUUUUUCCCAUUGAUAAUGAAGAUCUGGUAUAUGGACGAUGGGAGGACAAUAUCAUUUGGGAUGCUCAGGCCAUGCCCCGGAUUUUGGAGCCUCCGGUUUUGACGCUUGAUCCCAAUGAUGAGAACUUGAUUUUGGAAAUCCCUGAUGAAAAGGAAGAAGCUACUUCUAAUUCCCCUUCCAAGGAGAAUAAGAAAGAAUCAUCUCUGAAGAAGAGUCGAAUUCUCUUAGGAAAAACAGGAGUCAUCAAGGAAGAACCACAACAGAACAUGUCUCAGCCAGAAGUGAAAGAUCCAUGGAAUCUCUCCAAUGAUGAAUAUUACUAUCCCAAGCAACAGGGUCUUCGAGGUACUUUCGGAGGGAAUAUUAUCCAGCAUUCAAUUCCAGCAGUAGAAUUACGACAACCCUUCUUUCCCACCCACAUGGGACCUAUCAAACUCCGGCAGUUCCAUCGACCACCUCUAAAAAAGUACUCCUUUGGGGCACUAUCUCAGCCAGGUCCACACUCAGUCCAGCCUCUGCUGAAACACAUCAAAAAAAAGGCAAAGAUGAGAGAACAGGAGAGGCAAGCCUCAGGUGGUGGAGAGAUGUUUUUUAUGCGCACACCUCAGGACCUCACAGGCAAAGAUGGAGACCUUAUUCUUGCAGAAUACAGUGAGGAAAAUGGACCAUUAAUGAUGCAAGUUGGCAUGGCAACCAAGAUAAAAAACUACUAUAAGCGGAAACCUGGAAAAGAUCCUGGAGCCCCAGAUUGCAAAUAUGGAGAAACUGUUUAUUGCCAUACAUCUCCUUUCCUGGGCUCUCUCCAUCCUGGCCAGUUACUACAGGCAUUUGAGAACAAUCUUUUUCGCGCUCCAAUUUAUCUUCAUAAGAUGCCAGAGACUGACUUCUUGAUCAUUCGAACAAGGCAGGGUUACUAUAUUCGAGAAUUAGUGGACAUUUUUGUGGUGGGCCAGCAGUGUCCCUUGUUUGAAGUUCCUGGUCCUAACUCCAAAAGGGCCAAUACACACAUCCGAGACUUUCUACAGGUUUUCAUUUAUCGCCUCUUUUGGAAGAGUAAAGAUAGGCCUCGGCGGAUCCGGAUGGAAGAUAUAAAAAAAGCCUUUCCUUCACAUUCAGAAAGCAGCAUCCGGAAGAGGCUAAAGCUAUGUGCUGACUUCAAACGUACAGGGAUGGAUUCAAACUGGUGGGUGCUGAAGUCUGAUUUUCGUUUACCAACGGAAGAGGAGAUCAGAGCUAUGGUCUCACCAGAACAGUGCUGUGCUUACUAUAGCAUGAUAGCUGCAGAGCAGAGACUAAAGGAUGCUGGCUAUGGAGAGAAGUCCUUUUUUGCUCCCGAGGAAGAAAAUGAGGAAGAUUUCCAGAUGAAGAUUGAUGAUGAAGUUCGUACUGCUCCUUGGAACACUACAAGAGCUUUCAUUGCUGCCAUGAAGGGCAAAUGUCUCCUGGAGGUGACAGGAGUAGCAGAUCCUACAGGCUGUGGUGAAGGAUUCUCCUAUGUGAAGAUUCCCAACAAACCAACACAGCAGAAGGAUGAUAAGGAACCUCAGCCAGUGAAGAAGACAGUCACAGGAACAGAUGCAGACCUUCGUCGCCUGUCUCUAAAAAAUGCCAAGCAACUUCUUCGUAAAUUUGGUGUGCCUGAGGAAGAGAUUAAAAAGUUGUCCCGCUGGGAAGUUAUUGAUGUGGUACGUACAAUGUCAACAGAACAGGCUCGCUCUGGAGAGGGGCCCAUGAGUAAAUUUGCCCGUGGAUCAAGGUUUUCUGUGGCUGAACAUCAAGAGCGUUACAAAGAGGAAUGUCAGCGCAUCUUUGACCUACAGAACAAGGUUUUGUCAUCAACUGAAGUCUUAUCAACUGACACUGACAGCAGCUCAGCUGAAGACAGUGACUUUGAAGAAAUGGGAAAGAACAUUGAGAACAUGCUGCAGAACAAGAAAACGAGCUCUCAACUCUCUAGGGAACGGGAGGAACAGGAGCGGAAGGAACUCCAGCGGAUGCUACUGGCAGCAGGCUCAGCAUCAGCAGGAAAUAAUCACAGAGAUGAUGACACAGCUUCGGUGACUAGCCUUAACUCUUCUGCCACUGGACGCUGUCUCAAGAUUUAUAGAACAUUUCGAGAUGAAGAGGGGAAGGAGUAUGUUCGUUGUGAGACAGUCCGAAAACCAGCUGUUAUUGAUGCCUAUGUGCGCAUACGCACCACAAAAGAUGAGGAAUUCAUUCGAAAAUUUGCGCUUUUUGAUGAGCAGCAUCGAGAAGAGAUGCGAAAAGAACGGAGGAGGAUUCAAGAACAAUUGAGGAGACUUAAACGAAACCAGGAAAAGGAGAAGCUGAAGGGUCCUCCUGAGAAAAAGCCAAAAAAAAUGAAGGAACGCCCUGACUUAAAACUGAAAUGUGGAGCAUGUGGUGCCAUCGGGCACAUGAGAACAAACAAAUUCUGCCCCCUUUAUUAUCAAACAAAUGCUCCACCUUCCAAUCCUGUUGCCAUGACAGAGGAACAGGAGGAGGAGUUGGAAAAGACAGUCAUUCAUAAUGAUAAUGAAGAACUUAUCAAGGUUGAAGGGACCAAAAUCGUUUUAGGAAAACAGCUAAUUGAGAGUGCAGAUGAAGUUCGCAGAAAAUCUCUGGUCCUGAAGUUUCCUAAACAACAACUUCCUCCCAAGAAAAAACGGCGGGUUGGAACCACUGUUCACUGUGACUAUUUAAAUAGACCUCACAAAUCCAUCCAUCGUCGCCGGACAGACCCUAUGGUGACACUGUCAUCUAUCUUGGAGUCUAUCAUCAAUGACAUGAGAGAUCUUCCAAAUACAUACCCUUUCCAUACUCCAGUUAAUGCAAAGGUUGUAAAGGACUAUUACAAAAUCAUCACUCGACCAAUGGAUCUACAGACACUCCGUGAAAAUGUGCGCAAACGCCUCUAUCCAUCUCGGGAAGAAUUCAGAGAGCAUUUGGAACUAAUUGUGAAAAAUAGUGCAACCUAUAAUGGGCCGAAACACUCACUGACUCAGAUUUCUCAAUCUAUGCUGGAUCUCUGUGAUGAAAAACUCAAAGAGAAAGAAGAUAAGUUGGCACGUUUAGAGAAAGCUAUCAACCCCUUGCUUGACGAUGAUGACCAAGUAGCGUUUUCUUUUAUUCUGGAUAACAUUGUCACUCAGAAAAUGAUGGCAGUUCCAGAUUCUUGGCCAUUUCAUCACCCAGUUAAUAAGAAGUUCGUUCCAGAUUAUUACAAAGUAAUUGUCAGUCCAAUGGAUUUGGAGACUAUACGUAAGAAUAUCUCCAAGCAUAAAUACCAGAGUCGAGAGAGCUUUCUAGAUGAUGUAAACCUUAUUCUGGCCAACAGUGUUAAGUACAAUGGGUCUGAGAGUCAGUAUACUAAAACUGCUCAGGAGAUUGUGAAUGUUUGUUACCAGACAUUAACUGAGUAUGAUGAACAUUUGACUCAACUUGAGAAAGAUAUUUGUACAGCUAAAGAAGCAGCUCUUGAGGAAGCAGAAUUAGAAAGCCUUGACCCAAUGACUCCAGGACCUUACACACCACAGCCUCCUGAUUUGUAUGAUAACAGCACAUCCCUCAGUGUUUCUCGAGAUGCCUCUGUAUAUCAAGAUGAGAGCAAUAUGUCUGUCUUGGAUAUUCCCAGUGCUACUUCAGAAAAGCAGCUAACACAGGAAGGUGAAGAUGGAGAUGGUGAUCUUGCAGAUGAAGAGGAAGGAACUGUACAACAGCCUCAAGCCAGUGUCCUGUAUGAGGAUUUGCUUAUGUCUGAAGGAGAAGAUGAUGAGGAAGAUGCUGGGAGUGAUGAAGAAGGAGAUAACCCUUUUUCUGCUAUUCAGCUAAGUGAAAGUGGAAGUGACUCUGAUGUGGGAUCUGGCAGUAUAAGACCCAAACAGCCCCGUGUGCUUCAAGAGAAUACGAGGAUGGGCAUGGAAAAUGAAGAAAGCAUGAUGUCCUAUGAGGGAGAUGGUGGGGAGGUUUCCCGUGGUUUGGAGGAUAGCAACAUCAGUUAUGGGAGCUAUGAGGAACCUGAUCCCAAGUCGAACACCCAGGAUACAAGCUUCAGCAGCAUCGGUGGGUAUGAGGUAUCAGAGGAGGAAGAAGAUGAGGAAGAGCAGCGUUCUGGGCCCAGCGUACUAAGCCAGGUCCACCUGUCUGAGGACGAGGAGGACAGUGAGGAUUUCCACUCCAUUGCUGGAGACAGUGACAUGGACUCUGAUGAAUGAGGCUUCCUUUAAGCCUCUUCAGUAAGC